AUGAUGCCGUCCAGAGCCUCAUACCUUAUUCGUGGAUACACUCGCAUCACUCAUAUUUCAACUUCGUGCUCAAGUCGAGACCAGUCUCCACUUCUGCUCUCCGCUGCUCCCCCUUCGUCACGCUCCCCUAUUGCGGGUGUUUGUUCCUCUAUCAAAGGCGACUAUCUUUCGGAUAACAGCAUACAAGAGGGCGAGGAAGACUGUAAACGUGCCGGCGUUCUCCAGCUGAUGCCGGUGGGAGAUGUUGUUCGGGGCAUUGCCGUUGGAGAUGAAGAAAAACAUAGGUCUGUUGGUUUGGGAUGGGAGCUAUCUCUCCGUGAGAUCUUGAUUACAUGUAUUCACCUACCAAAGUAUCUCUCAGCGUUGGAGUUCCCACCAUCCUAUUACCAUGGGGUCAUACACUCCAGUAAUUUGAUCAUGCACAUUGAUAUUGCGUGA